UAUUGCUUUUGUUAUGUUUUAUAAUAAUACGACAAAUUUUUAACGUAUCGUGAACUACCGUUUACAACACAGUAGUUUACAGGCUAACUUGAAGAAACUACAACUGGCAACCAAAAGCAAAACAUCUAAAUUUCGGCUCAAGAAUAAUGCCUUGGCCGUUUAAGAGAAAAGGAUUCUCUGGAGAAAAGGAACAAAGCAGAAAACCAAGUGAUUCAAAAUUUAAGCAACAAAAAUUACCUGCAUGGCAGCCAAUUAUUACAGCAUCAACAGUUCUUCCUGUUUUUUUCUUUUUUGGCACAAUAUGUCUUCCAAUAGGAAUAGCAUUAUUUGUCACUACAAGUAAUAUACAGGAAAGGAUAAUUGAGUAUACCAACUGCGAAAACUGUGAGGUUAACCUUGAACCUAUGUUUAAACAAGGUACCAGCACCAACUGUACAUGUCAAUUUUCCAUAAACCUAGAAACAAGUUGGAAAGGGGAUGUUUUCUUUUACUAUGGGCUUUCAAACUUCUAUCAGAAUCACAGGCGUUAUGUUCGUUCACGUGAUGAUAGUCAAUUACAUGGUGAGGUAUCAUCAUCUGUCAAUUCAAAUUGCGAUCCAUUUGGUAGUUCAGAUGGAAUAGUUUAUGCUCCCUGUGGCGCCAUUGCAAACAGCAUGUUUAAUGAUAAGUUUCGUCUUAAAUAUAAUGGUAAAGAUGAAGUUCCUAUGACCUAUAAAAACAUUGCAUGGAAAAGUGAUAGAACCGUCAAAUUUAAAAAUCCGUCUCAAGGAGUCCAGGAAUUAAACAAGUAUAAAAAACCAUUAUAUUGGUUUCAAAAUGCUAGUCAACUUGAUCUCAAAGAUCCAGAGAAUAAUGGUUUUUUGAAUCAAGAUUUCAUUGUUUGGAUGCGUGUUGCAGCAUUUCCCACUUUUCGUAAGUUAUACAGAAUAUUAGAUCGAGACAACCCAUCUGUUACUAAUUUUAAAGAUGGACUUCCCUAUGGAGAUUAUCAGCUUACUAUAAAUUAUAAUUACCCAGUUUCUAGUUUUGGAGGUAAAAAACGCUUUAUAAUAAGCCAGUCAUCAUGGGCUGGUGGAAAAAACAAUUUUCUAGGUAUUGUUUACAUUGUGGUUGGUACACUUUGUUUAGUAUUUGGGUUUGUUUUUCUAAUCAUCCACACCAAGUAUCGAACAAGAGCUCCAACAACCGGAUAACCAGACGACCAAAGUUAUGAACCAGUAUGGUUUUGAAAAUCAUUUUAAUGUCAGGAAAUGAA